AAAAGAUCGCGCUUUCAACUAAAAGUCUUCCCCCUUCUCUCUGCUUUGCGCAUUCGAUCGAUCGAGCGAGCGAGCGAGACAGAGCAAGGGAUAGAGGAGGAAGCGGAGGCUGAUAACGCCGGGAUCGAGGAGGCGGACGGCUGCCAGGUGGUAGCGGUGGUGGGGAGCGGCGGCAAAGGUCGGAUCCGAUGACGGUGGCGGCGGGGUUCGGGUACGUGCUGAUAUCGCUCGGCCCCGCGCUCUCCCUCUUCGUCUCCGUCAUCGCCAAGAAGCCCUUCCUCAUCCUCACCCUCCUCGCCAGCAUGCUGUUUUGGCUCAUAAGCCUGAUAGUUCUAUCAGGAGCAUGGAGGGGCUUUCUUCCUUUGAAAUCUGCAUCUUGGUGGCCUUAUGUCAUUCUAAUUGUCACGUCUGUCGGUUUUCAAGAAGCCACUCGGCUUAUAUUUUGGAAGCUUUACAAGAAGUUGGAAGUCAUUUUGGAUGCUUUUGCUGAAGAAAAGUUCAGAUCUCGACUUUCUUGGACUGAUAAGAUGCAAAUUGCCUUAGCUGGUGGUUUAGGCCAUGGUGUGGCUCAUGCUGUCUUUUUCUGCGUUAGUCUUUUGACUCCUUCAUUUGGCCCGGCAACUUUUUUUGUCGAUAGGUGUUCACAUAUGCCAUUUUUCCUUGUAUCAGCCAUUAUUUCACUUGGAUUCAUGAUCAUUCAUACUUUUUCGAUGGUUAUUGCUUUCAAUGCAUAUGCUGAAGGGAGAAAACUCGACCAAAUAAUCAUUCCUAUUAUUCAUAUACUUGCUGCUGUCAUGACGCUGAUAAAUCUUGCACCCGGGGGUUGUGCCAUUGGAGUACCUCUUCUUUACAUUAUUGGAGGUGUCGUUUUGCGUCACUGCUGGCAGAUGGUUUGGAGAAAACUGACUGAACAAGGAAACAGACAAAGAAAUAGUUCAGACAUCCAUGUCUCCUAGAAGACACAUGCAUAUCCUGAUCCUCUAGUCCAUUUCUUUUCUCCCCUGAUUUUUAUUCAUGAUGUCGAAAUGAAAACACGAAAAGACAUUCGCAAUAGCUACUUGUCCGUCGUAUUAUCAUCCACACAUGUGAAUGUUAUGGAUGAAUGGAACAGUUCAACUGAACGCAGAAACCAUUGGAGAACAGCACGAACAAAGCUGGGAGAAGGCUCCAUUUUCUGACCAUGUCAACAAGGAAAGUUUUUGUGUAAACAAACUUCAAUUUUCUUUUUGGUGUUUGGAGGGUACAAAUUGGUAACUAAAACAGAGCCGAAAGAUCGCUGUACUUGAUGCUACUGUCAGAUUAAGGUGAAGAACCAUAUUUGUCUCUUAUAGCAUAUAUCUAGAUUUUAAGCAGUAUGGAUCAUGUGGGAACAAUGUAAUGCCCUAUAAGAGGAUGUUGAUGCAGGUGAACUCGAGGAUAAAUGCUUUUGUUGCAAUUAGAAGUUUGUUCUUAUUUGUCUAA